UAGUGAUAGCGUCUUUAUCCGCAGCAGCACGACAUUUACGACGACGCAAGUAAAAUAUUCUAUAUUACAGCCGAGGGUUGCAGCUGUGUCUUUUAAUCAUCCAGCAGAAAACAACAGUAGCAACAACAACAGCCGUGGGGUAGCCUCCUGCAGCCACACACAAACCGCUGGCAAAAUGAAGAUGGCGGAAGGAUCUACAAUUGUCAGGAGAACCAGGCCUGGAACCAAGGCGAAGGACUUCAACAGAUGGCCAGAUGAGCCUUUCGAAGAGAUGGACAGCACUUUGGUUGUCCAGCAGUACAUUCAACAGACCAUCAGAAGAGACCCGGCCAACAUCGAUCUGAUUUUAACAAUGCCAGAAUCACAGGACGAGGGCGUCUGGAAGUACGAGCAUCUUAGGCAAUUUUGUAUGGAGCUGAAUGGCUUGGCAGUGAGAUUGCAGGACGAGUGCCAUCCGGAGACGUGCUCGCAAAUGACAGCUACAGAACAGUGGAUUUUUUUGUGCGCCGCACACAAGACUCCAAAGGAGUGUCCAGCCAUUGAUUACACUAGACACACGUUGGAUGGUGCUGCGUGUUUGUUGAACAGUUAUAAAUAUUUUCCCAGCAGAGUGAGCAUUAAGGAGUCGUCGGUUGCUAAGCUUGGAUCGGUCUGUAGAAGAGUUUAUAGAAUAUUUUCACACGCAUAUUAUCACCACAGAACGAUAUUUGAUGAAUUCGAGGAUGAAACUUUUUUGUGUCGCCGAUUCACAGCCUUUGUAAUGAAAUACAGCUUGAUGUCAAGAGAUAAUUUAAUAGUGCCCAUCAUAGAAGGCGAAGGAACCACUGAAAACGAAGCAUAAUUGCGUAAACGGAUACAUGGAUUAUAGUGCAACUUUCAAUAAGUUUAUCAGCGGUUCACUGUAAGUUUAUAAACUUAUUGCGAAAAUGACUACCAAAAAAAAAAAAAAUCAUCCGAGACAUUUAGAUACUGCACCAUAACGCAGGAAUUUUUAAACACAUGUUUUUCAAUGUGUCCUGCGAUUACACGCUUUAAAUUUAUGUUUUAAUUAGUUGUAAUUUAUUUUUAAUUCAUCAAGUAAAUGUAAAAAUAUCAUACAAUUUAA